GCCAAGGCCGGGGACCUGCAGGGCCGGGCCCGCGGGGACACCCCGCAGGGGGAGCCCCCGGCCGCCGCCGCCGCCCAGGACGCGGCCGGCCCGGACCUGGCGCCCACGCCGGAACCGCCGGAGGAGUACGCGUACCCGGACUACCGCGGAAAGGGCUGCGUGGACGAGAGCGGCUUCGUGUACGCCAUCGGGGAGAAGUUCGCGCCGGGCCCCUCGGCCUGCCCGUGCCUGUGCACCGAGGAGGGGCCGCUGUGCGCGCAGCCCGAGUGCCCGCGGCUGCACCCGCGCUGCAUCCACGUCGACACGAGCCAGUGCUGUCCGCAGUGCAAGGAGAGGAAGAACUACUGCGAGUUCCGGGGCAAGACCUACCAGACUCUGGAGGAGUUCGUGGUGUCUCCGUGUGAGCGGUGCCGCUGCGAAGCCAACGGAGAGGUGCUGUGCACAGUGUCCGCGUGUCCACAGACGGAGUGUGUGGACCCCGUGUACGAGCCUGACCAGUGCUGCCCCAUCUGCAAAAAUGGUCCAAACUGCUUUGCAGAAACUGCUGUCAUCCCAGCUGGAAGAGAAGUGAAGACGGACGAGUGUACCAUAUGUCACUGUACUUACGAGGAAGGGACAUGGAGAAUUGAAAGACAGGCCAUGUGCACGAGGCACGAAUGCCGGCAGGUGUAGACACGGGGCCGUAAAAAAAACAGACGUUUUUCUAGAAUAUUUUACUGAUGUGAACACUCUAGAUGACUCUGGGGAAUGUCAUCCAAAAGGAGAAGACUUUUGAUGAGGAGUGUGCAAAGUUGUGCGUACCUUUUGCGCUUCUCGGUAACCGUUUCCUGCAGAAGAAGGAAAUGGGUCUAUUUCAAAACGUCCACAAGAACUUUGGGCACAAAACCCCCUCUCUAAAUAAAUGUGCUAUUUUCACAGUAAGUACACCGAAGUACACUAUUAUAUAUUAAAUGUAUUUCUAUAAUCCCUCUAUUAGAGAGCUUAUAUAAAUGUUUUCUAUAGAUACAGAUUAAAAAUGCUGUGUUGUCAACCGCC